AUGAAUAAUUUACGUGUUAAAGAUGAUUUCGAUUAUGAAGAUAUUAUGGAUGAAGAGUCCUUAAUGGAUAAUAUGAAUGAACAUGGUAAAACUUUAGUUCACACUGAAUUCUUUAAUAGUUUUGAAGAUGAUUUUGAAGAUGAAUUUGAAGAAGAUAGUUUAAAAUUCAACGUUAAAAAUGAUAACAAUAAUAACAACAACUUCAAAAAACCAGAAUCAAAAUAA